AUGUCAUUCAAAGAGAAUAUAUACCUGGAUGAUCAGAGUGUGGUACUAUAUGAUCAGAAUAGAGAAGAGGUGGAAGAGAGGCAUCAAAAUGACACUUUAAAAUCGACCGAUGUUCAAUUUCCAUUCACAAAAGUCAACUCCAAUACAUAUCAGCCCAAUCGUAUUGAAUCCACAAUCAAUGCAAGACAAACACAUAUUGAGGAGCAGCAAACUACGAAACUUGAUCUUUCUAACAAACCCGGCAGUGUUUCCAGUGCUGAUGAGUUUUACGAAACUUCACCGAUUCUUGAAGAUGAGGAACUCUAUUUCCCCACUCUUCUUGAUGAGACAAAUUAUCCGGUAGUUCAUGUCCCAGUUCAGCCCCAUAUGUCAAGACCAUUGAACAAAUUUAGUGACCUCAACUUAAAAAAUAUUCCCAUUGCUCAAACACCGAAAUCGUUUCCCUUGGAUUCACAAGGAGCUAAGGAUCAAGAUGAAAUCGCCUUGUAUAACAUUAUCGAAUACGAAUUUGAUACAGUUGACGAGAAGAAGUCGUGGUGGUCACCCAAAGAUUGUUGGUCAAAGUUUGUUCACCGGGAGGAGGAUAUGGAUGUGGAGGAGUCUAUAAUCGGAGAUGCCAACUUGGAUCAAAUCUUUGACAAUAUUUAUAACACCUAG